AUGUCGCCCCCUAACUCUCCUGGAGAAGCUCCAGCGUCAGCUUCCAAGUCAAAGCCGCCUCAACCACCAUUCUAUAUUCCCAUUAAUACCGUUUUCUAUCUAUGCCUACUCUCCAACACUCUUGCGGCAGCGUUAUCGCCGAUACAGGACUGCGAUGAAGUUUACAACUACUGGGAACCCACACACUACUUGACUCAUGGCCACGGUCUACAAACAUGGGAGUAUUCCCCCGAAUAUUCCAUCAGAAGCUGGUUAUAUGUUGGUCUACACGCUGGUUUAGCCAAGGCACUGGGUCUUUUCGCACGGACGAAAUCAGCGCAGUUUUAUAUGGUGCGGUUAGCCCUUGGGCUUUUUUGCACUGUGUGUGAGACACGACUGUUCGCGGCAAUAUCUCGAUCGCUUAAUCCAAGAAUUGGGCUUUUCUUUCUGGUGAUCACGGUGUUCAGUUCUGGAAUGUUCCAUGCCUCUACAGCAUUACUGCCGUCCAGCUUCUCGAUGUAUAUGUCUAUGCUGGGCCUGGCGGCUUUCCUUGACUGGCAAGGUGGGUUGAAGACUGUUCAAGGAAUCAUUUUCUUUGGCAUUGGCGCAAUGGUCGGAUGGCCAUUCGCGGGGGCGUUGGCUAUACCGUUUUUGCUUGAAGAAGUUGCGGUAGCUUGGUCUUUGGGAGACACUGUACCGGCUAUCAAACGGAUUUUAGAAGGGGUCAUCAAAUGCUUGUUAAUCUUGUCUGUCGUGGUCUUAAUUGACAGCAUGUUUUACCGUCAAUUUGCCCUUGUUCCAUGGAACAUUGUGGCAUAUAACGUCUUUGGAGGAUCCGGUAAAGGUCCCAAUAUCUUCGGAACCGAACCAUGGACAUUCUAUCUUAAGAACCUACUACUCAAUUUUAAUAUGUGGGCUGUCCUUGCGUUGUCUAGUUUUCCUCUACUGGUUCUCCAAGCUCUGUUCCGUCCUCACAAAACCUCUGCCCAAACACUUUUCAGAUCAGUGACCCUAGUAAUGCCGUUCUACAUGUGGUUCGCCAUUUUUACUCUUCAACCUCACAAGGAAGAGCGGUUCAUGUACCCGGCCUACCCGUUUCUGGCCCUGAACGCCUCAAUUAGUUUGCACAUUAUUCUAGCAUAUAUUGGAACCUCGGAUGCAGGGACAUUGAUUAGCAAAAUACCCACUAAAGUGAAACUCGUCAUAACUGUCGUCCCCGUGCUGCUGGCGGUUAACAUUGGCCUUCUGAGGACCACGGGUGUCGUGACAGCUUACAACGCUCCUCUUCAGGUAUUUGAUGCACUACAGCCAACUAAUGGUGUUGCCCCUGAAGGUUUCGUAUGCUACGGAAAGGAAUGGUAUCGAUACCCAUCUUCAUUCUUCCUCCCGAACAAUAACCUUCGGGCGAAGUUCAUCAAGAGUGAGUUCCGAGGACUGUUGCCGGGGGAGUUUACAGAGUCCAGGGCUGGCCUUGGAUUUCUACCGGGAACAUGGACUGUCCCUGAAGGCAUGAACGAUCGAAACUUGGAAGAUCCAAAGAAAUACACCGAUGUUUCUCAAUGCACAUACCUAGUUGACUCUUAUUUCCCGGGAGAUGAAGAGACUAAACUUGAACCACACUAUACCCUUGACACUGAGACAUGGGAGAAGCUCUCGUGUAAGCCAUUCCUAGAUAGCCGACGUACCGGCAUCGUAGGGCGACUAAUCUGGAUUCCAAACCUCCCUUUUAUACCGAAGAAGUAUCAACGUGUCUGGGGAGAGUAUUGUCUACUUAAACGAAAAACUACCUGA